AUGGAUUCACCGCAAGGAUCCCCUAAUGGGACUGAGCCCAAGUCCUCAUCUCAGACGAACAACACGUCGGUGAAGAACACCCAAAAUCCAUCCCUGAGCCAGGCCAGGACUCCCCCAUUGGAGGUGAAGCGCAUAGAGAAAGAGUCCUCCUCCGAGCCUGAAUUUCCCGAAAUGCCGCCAUCGUUUGAUUGGGAAGAUUUUGAAAAACGCUACGAAGAGGCAUUGCGCGAAAUGGGUCAAGCUGAGCAAGACAUUUUUAAGGAAGCUGAAAAUCUUUCCAAAGUAAGUCCCGUUCCAUAUGUUGGCACCGAUUCAAGUGAUCUUGGCAUAUUGAGUGGAUGGAACCAGUACUUCCGCACUUGGGCAGCAGCUGCCUCAAGCCACGAUGACGAGCGCGCUGCCAAGCGGCUGCAGACACGCAGACGCUUCGUCAAUAUAUCGGAGGAGAAAAUGGCACAGAAACAACAGCACUAUUCAAAGGAUAGAACUCCUUUAAAUCAUUCCAAUCCCACCGCGCUAGAAUUGCCAGCGGUCUCAAGCGAUGAUUUUGCAGCCUUCUUUCAAGAACACUUUGCGGAAGAGGCCGUGUCACAAUUUGGGAUAGAAUUUCUUGAUUCUGAUGGAGCGCAUACUUUCGCAAAUCCUGAACUACUCGGCGGAUGGGAGGAAGAAGUUGAAGAUGACCUAGGUUAUUACGAGGAUGGCGUGAAGCGCACCUUGACCGACGAGCAAAUUGAGAUCUUCCGCCACUCUGAAUUACAGGAACUUCGUCGGCAGCGGAUAAAGCAAGAGAACAAAAAGAAAGAAGUUCCGUCACCGCUGAGAGAUGAUCUGGCACACCAUCGAGAAGGAAGCAUUUCCCAACCAUCGCCCUCGGCGGCAAGCUCCUGGAAUAAGAAGAAGAAGAAAGGAACCAAGCGCCAACCAGCGGAACCAAAGCCUGAUUUGAGAAAAAGGACCUGGGAUGUUGUUGAGAAGGGUCUUGAUUCUCUUGACUACGAUUGA